CCUCGUUUCUGAACAUCAGCACAAAGGGAAAACGUGUCGUCAGUCCACAGCUGUUUUUAAUGUUGUCAACUCGAUUAUAGGAUCUGGCAUAAUAGGAUUACCUUAUUCAAUGAAGCAAGCUGGCUUUCCUCUGGGAAUAUUGCUUUUAUUCUGGGUUUCAUACGUUACAGACUUUUCCCUUGUUUUAUUGAUAAAAGGAGGGGCCCUCUCUGGAACAGACACUUACCAGUCUUUGGUCAAUAAAACCUUUGGCUUUCCGGGAUAUCUCAUCCUCUCUGUUCUUCAGUUUUUGUAUCCUUUUAUAGCUAUGAUAAGUUACAACAUAAUAACUGGAGAUACUUUGAGUAAAGUUUUCCAAAGAAUCCCAGGAGUUGACCCUGCCAACUUGUUUAUUGGUCGCCACUUCAUUAUUGUGCUUUCCACGGCUGCCUUUACUCUACCUUUGUCCUUGUAUCGCGAUAUAGCAAAGCUUGGAAAGAUCUCUUUUCUUUCUACAGUUUUAACAACCCUGAUUCUUGGAAUUGUAAUCGCAAGGGUAGUCUCACUGGGUCCAUACGUACCAAGAACAGAAGAUGCCUGGGUAUUUGCAAAGCCCAACGCCAUUCAGGCUGUUGGUGUUAUGUCAUUCGCAUUUAUUUGCCACCAUAACUGCUUCUUAGUUUACGGUUCUUUGGAAGACCCCACGGUAGCUAAGUGGUCUCGCAUCAUCCACGUGUCCACCUUGGCUUCUGUAUUUAUCAGUAUUCUCUUUGCUACAUGCGGAUACUUGACAUUUACUGGCUACACCCAAGGAGACUUAUUUGAAAACUAUUGCAGAAAUGACGACCUGGUAACGUUUGGAAGGUUUUGUUAUGGAGUUACUGUCAUUUUAACAUACCCAAUUGAAUGCUUUGUGACUAGAGAGGUAAUUGCCAAUGUGUUUUUUGGUGGGAGUCUUUCGUUGGUCUUCCACAUUAUUGUAACAGUGGUUAUCAUUACCAUAGCCAUGCUUGUGUCAUUGCUGAUUGAUUGCCUUGGAAGAGUUUUAGAGCUCAACGGUGUGCUUUGUGCAGCUCCACUAAUUUUUAUCAUUCCAUCAGCAUGUUAUCUGAAACUGUCUGAAGAACCGAGGACACACUCAGAUAAGAUUAUGGCCUGUGUCAUGCUUCCUGUCGGUGCUGUGGUGAUGGCUGUUGGGUUCGUCAUGGCCAUCAUAAAUCCUCAAGAUUGCACCCACGGGCAGGAAAUGUUCUACUGCUUUCCUGACAAUUUCUCUCUCAUAAACAUCUCAGUUUCUCAUUUUAAAUUAACAACACAACCUUCAGUUUUAAACAUCAGUAUCUUUCAAUGA